UCCCUCGCUCCCCCUCCCAACUGUGUGCUGCGCAGUAGAACUUUGGCGCAGCCGGGUCCCACUCCGUUGGAAGAAGAGGCGGCGGCAAGAAGGACGGUGGCUCGGAGUGAGGGUAUGCAGUUGUUGGAGCGUGAGGGUGGAACAGCCACUGGGAAUGGGCUGGACAGCCCCACAGCAUCUGAUGUCAAGCCAGUUUCUCCUUCACCCACUAAGCCCCCUCCCUUGGACCUCUUCAACCUAGUUGUGUCAUAUAAACAGCUGGAGCUGUAUUUGGAACCAAUACAAGAUGUUGCUGAGGGUGUGUGGUUCCUCCUCAGCUGGCAGAUGCCUCUCUGUUCCCUUCUAACUUGCCUAGGGAUCAACCUUUUGCUGCUGACACUGAGUGAAGCUGCUUGGUAUGGGUUGUUUGUCCUACUGAUCUUGGUGCCGGCCAUGCUGGGCUACCUUCAGGAAACAUGUCGCAUCCGCCUGAGCGAAGAAGAGUUGGCACGGCGGAGGUACCACAGUGUGCGACGUGAGGAUGUGAGAAAGGUUCAGCUCACUCGAAAUGAGGCUGUGGCUGAAGUGAAGGGCUUUUUGGUGCAGUUAGAGGCCCUCCUGAGCCGGUUAUGUGGGAGCUGUGAGGCAGCCUAUCGUGUCCUUUAUUGGCAGAACCCUUCUCUCUCAUCACAGUUUUAUGGAACGCUGAUGGGUUUCGCUUGUGCCCUCUACCUGCUGCCCUUGUGUUGGGUCUUUGUUCUUCUCAAUAAUGCCCUUUUCUUGGGCAAUGUUGCAUUUUAUCGAGUGAUGCUAGAGUUGAAAUCAGCAGUAGAGCAACGCUUGGGCCUCAGGUCGACUGUGAAGACUCCAGAGCCAGUAGAGCUGGAUGUUGGAGACGUGGGCACUGGAGUCCUUCCAGAUCGGACACCAACACCCACCAGCGUUGAGGAUCUGACCCCUGGCAGUGUGGAAGAAGCAGAGGAGGCAGAGCCUGAUGAUGAAUUCAAAGAUGCAAUUGAGGAGACCCAGCUGCUAGUAGUAAUGGAGGAUGAUGACAUCUCCCAGUGCUCUGCAGAGUUCGAGCUGGGCCUUCCUGAAAACCCCUUAAUGAGCAAGAAUGAAGCAAUCCGUAGGAGGGUGACACAGCUGAAGGAGCGUCUGCGGAAGCGCUACCCGAGUAACAACCUCAGUGCUGGCCUCGGAGGGAGCUGUGCAAACUGUUCAGCUACGUUUUCUGUAUUAAAGAAGAGGCGGAGCUGCAGCAAUUGUGGAAACAUUUUUUGCUCCCGGUGUUGUUCCUUCAAAGUUCCCAAGAGCUGUAUGGGUGCUACAGCUCCUGAUGCUCAGCGAGAGACCGUCUUCGUAUGUGGACACUGUAACCAAGUGCUCACCAAAUGAGAAGUCAAUUUGGAGGCUUACUCUAUAUCCAUCUUUGUGGGAAGCAGAGACAGAGUCCUUCUACCCCUCCCUAUCCUUGGAACAGGAGGGGGAUAGUACCUUUUGAGUAUGCUAUGUGACCCCGCUCCUUCUGUUGAGAGACGCGAUGGAGCUGUCCUGCAGUCACGAAUUAACUGUGUAGGAAGCUCUUUAUAUGCACCGAGUACUGUAUGCUUCCCUCCCCCCUGGCAUACAUCCUAGCUCCAAAGCAAACAGUUCUUUGCUUGCCUAGAGCCUUGAAUGUCUGGUCAUCCUCACCAGAAGUUGAUCCAUCCUCUUUUGUUGGGGGCACUUUUGGUUUCAGGACUGCCUGGCAUCAGGGUGGCUGUUUUGCUGCUAAGUGAAAUGUCAGUUCUGUUUUUGGUUUCAAAGUGGAAGCUGGUUCUUCCUUCAGUCAGGAACUAUAGUUAGUUCUGUCAAGAGCAGGCUCUUGCGCAUUACGAAGGUGAAAUCUGGUUGUCCAACCUGGGAUGAGAGAAUUGCAUAGCUGGACCUGCAUUUUCUCCCCAGUAUCAGGUGUGGACAGCACUAUUGUUCUCCUCUGUAUAUUCAUGCCUUAGAUAUUGCUUUCUAGAUAGUUGCUAGCUAGGGCUCUUCAGUCUGCCCUGUGUGGGAACUGGGAGUCUUGCCUGCUUUGUCCCUGCAGUAUUUGUGGACACAGGGUCUACUGUAGGCAUCCGGAAAUUAUUUUAAUCUCAGAGUUUGACAGGAAGUGGUGGAUUCCUUCUACAGGACUGGGACAUUUUUGGACUGCUGCCACCUUCUUAGCAGAGUAAACUUUUUCAAUAAAUAGUGACCUGGGAGAAUGGAACACAAUUAGUUUUUGACAUGGUGUAUGGGAAUAGGAUGAAGGGGCCUAUCUAUGCAUAAAGACUAUAGCAUUGUAAAUAUACUUUUGAGGUUUACAUUUCCAAGGUUCUUCCAGCCAUGAUGGUCACUAAUUGUGCUAACUAAGGAAUUCCUGGAGCGGUAAUUCCAAAAAAGUAAUUUCUGGAGACUGUUGGAGAAGAACCUCAAAUAUGCUGCUAUGAGAUGGAAUGAUAUUAACUCAGAUGCAAGAAAGGGGAUCGGAACACUGACACAGUUACAUUUUGAAGUGAGAGUCCCCUUAGCUGUAUCCCUAAGAAGAGUCCAAAAAUGCAAGCGGCUAAAUUGAUCCAUAUCUAAAUGUAGAUAUACAUCCAUCAAAACAUAUUACAUUGUGGUAAAGAAAAACCUGUCCUGCUCCUGGGAGUCUUGCUGUUGAGUUCAGGGAGAGCAGGGGAGCCUUAGAUGAUAGGAGAUGAUGUUGUGGCUAAUCAAUAAGUCUUGAUGUUUCAUCCAUACAAGACCUGGUUUCACUACAUAAGAGAAUGCACAGAGUAGCUGUUCUAUGGCAAUUGGUACAUCGAGGAUAGGGAGACCUCCGCAAAACAAAAAUGUAGAGCAAAUGGACUAUAGUGCAGAGUUGCAGAGAAGACAUGGGGGAAAGUGCCCUCAGAACUACUGCCAACACUCCAUGUGUGAAGUCGGGGACUCAAGCUAUAAACUAGGACACAGUGGUGUAGUAGGCAGAUAUAGUGACAUUGUAAUUGGGGGAUGUCCCAGGAGUGCAUGGUGAUGCAUUUCUCACCUCAUCAGGACUGAAGGAUUGUUGAGGCAAGAGUUGAGGGGAGGGAAUGGGUGAAGCAGGAACACAAAGGCGGGUAUAUACAAUAAAUUGAAAUUGGGUUCAGGAAAACAGAAGGAAGUAUGUGUUUGCACAGAAUAUGGAAGGAAAUCAAGUUAAUAGAAUCAAAGAGUUGGAAGGGCUAUCUGGUCCAACCUCCGGCCAUGCAAAAUGUGAUGAGGCUGCUUGUUCACAUGACAUGAAAGGUGGACUACACCAAAUAAUGGUAAAUGCUUCUAUGCAUUUUGACUGAUACAUAAAGGGGAUCGCCAUGUUUUAUAUAAUGCAACCAAAUUGGGUGGAUAAGUACAUCCGUUUUAUCGCUUCUGAAAGGUGUGUCAGAAAUGAAAUGGUAGACUCGACUAAUUCACAUUAUGGGACUAUACACAGUUAUUCACAGGGAUAUUAAUUCUAUUAGAAUAAUCUGUAUAAAUGUUAAGUGUCAAGAAAACUAAGAUUUUAAAAGUCUGGUUCUAACUUCCUUUUUACUUUCUUCCUGCCAUUAAAAAAAUGACUACAGCAACUGA